AUGUGGUGGAGGGAUCUGAAUAAUACUUGUGUAGGCCCAGCUGCUGGAAAUUGGUUCGAAGGUUGUCUAUGCCGGAGAAUUGGGGAAGGUGAUGAGACACUAUUUUGGGUGGAAGAUUGGCAUGGUCGUGGAAAAUUUAGAGAUGUUUUUGCUGAUCUAUUUUCUGUUUCAUCUCAACAAAAUUUCACUGUAUCACAGAUGGGACGCUGGGUUGAUGGUAAGUGGCUUUGGUCUUUCCGCUGGAAAGAGAGAUUGAGCAGUGCUUUGGAGGGGCAAUUAAAUUCUCUGCUAAGCAUAGUUACUUGUUUCAAACCAACCUUGGGGGUUAAAGACUCGUGGAAGUGGAUUAAAGAGGGGCGUGGGAAUUACUCAGUCAGUUCCGCAUAUGAAUCUAUCUUUGCAGGCGCCAUUACUACUGAUAAACCAACUUUCAAGCUGCUGUGGAAGGUGGCAGCUCCCUCAAAUGCUUUGGCACUAGGUUGGAAAUUAAUCUUAAAUCGAAUCCAAACGAAAGACAACUUGUCAAGGAGGAACAUUCAAAUUGCAGACUCAUCUUGUGCUCUCUGCUUGGCGGUGGAGGAAAGCGCUGCACACCUCUUUUUCUCCUGCAGAUUUGCGUGGGAGGUCUGGUCUUGUAUUCUAAAGUGGCUGGGUAUGACCUCUGUUCUUCCUGCAUCCCCUGAGGACCAUUUUUUGCAAUUUUGCUGGGACUUAUCUCCAAAAAUUAGAGCUGGUUUAUCUACAAUCUGGUUGGCUGUAGUGUGGGAAACUUGGAAUGGCAGGAAUGCUAAAAUUUUUAACGAGAAGGAAUGUACUUCUGCAGAGAUUUUUGACCAAGCUAGAAUGAAAGCUUUGGCUGAGGGCCAAAAAUAA